GUAAACACGUGCGUUUCACGGCGUGUUCUGCGCCGUUAAAAAUUGUGGAAAUUGUGAACAAAAAUGAAGGCAAAGGUGGCGAAACCCCAAAAACAGGCCGGUAAAUCGGCACUGUUGGGCCUAAAGAAAGGUAAGGCCGAUAUCGUCAAGGCUAAGGAGCCGAAAAAGGCCAAAGAACUGGUGAAGGCCCCCGAGGAGGUGAAGGCGGCGAUCAAGAAAGUGGCCAAAAAGGUUUCCCCAGCAACGGCAGCAGACACUGGGGCUACUGUGCCGCUUACAUUCGCCGAAAAGAAGGCUCUGUCCGUGAAACGUAAAGCGAAACCCGCGGUAAAGAAACCCCAAGCCGACACCGCCAAAAGUGCGGUGGAAACUGUCGCCAAACCGGCCGGCAAGAAGACAAAGAAGAACAAGAAGGGAAAGAAGGGUAACAAAGCGCAGGCCAACAAAGCCCAGGCCAAGAACGAAGUGCUACCUCCGCUGAAGGGCCAAGAGCAGCAGGGCAAGCAACAGAAAGGCAAAGCAAAGGCCAAGAAGAGCAGUAGUGCGGCGAAGAAGAAGAAGGCUGCCCAGAAGCGCAUCAUUCCGGUGGUACCGCAGCGCAUCAUUGGUGAAGGAGAGGUCCCUACGGAAGCGAGCCCGGAAACGUUGGCGCUCGUGCCAAAGGAGCUUGUUUCACGGAAAAUCUUCCGCCUGGUGUUGGAGGAGCUGCAGAAGCGGAUUGCGAAGGAUGAGAAAGCGAAGCUGUUUGGCGAUGAUCUACGAUUUGCGCUCCAGAUUGCAGCGGUUAAGAUUCCCGAUUGCCCCACUCGCAAUUGUCGCCUCUCACUGCCCCAUGCGGUUCUACGCAAAGAGGAUGAUGUUUGCUUGAUUGUGAAGGAUUUGGAACGUGGCCGGAAGUACGACUAUGAAAACACGCUCUGCCACUGGCAGGACAAGUUGCGCGAAGCGGGAGUAACGACCGUCACACAGAUCAUCCCGUUCCAGCAGCUUAAACAGGACUACAAGCAGUAUGAGAUGCGACGAAAGUUGGUUCACCGGUUCGAGCGCUUCCUCGUCGAUGCCCGUAUCGCCGGUCACGUGUUCAGUGCGCUGGGUACGCACUUUACGCGCCGUAAGAAGAACCCAACCUCCGUCGUGCUGGAAGAUGAUGAACAGCUGGCCGAGAACAUUGAAAAGGCACUGCGGAAGGUUACGUAUGGUCGCACCAAUACCGGACUUACGACGGAGAUCAAGUUUGCGGCCACUUGGAUGCCGAUCGAAAAGGCAGUGGAGAAUGGUAUGGCACUGCUCGAGGGACUCAAGACGGAAUUCCCGGGUGGUUGGUUGAAUGUGGCCUCGAUUCAUGUGACCACGGCAUCGACCAGCAAACAGUCGCUGCUGCUGUACAUGAGCAUGAUCAAUCCGAAUCUAGUGCCGGUACCGAAGAUCGAAGGACCGCGCGCACAGUUCGUCGCGAAGCAGAAUGCUAAGCUUGCCCGAGCUACCGAUGGGCAGAUGAUGAUCGUCGAUGGUGUGGUGCGAUCGGUGCAGAGUGUGGCGGCGCGACUGGAAAGGCUCAGCAAGAAAGAGAAACGGGAAGUGCCGGCGGAAGAUGAUGCUGACUCGAUUGGCAAUGAUUCGGAGCUGGAUGAUGACGAUUUUGAAGUGCGGAAGCUACGACGUAAGGUAAACAAAAACGCUAAAGAUGAUGAUGAUGAUGAAAUGAAUUGAUUGUUCAUUUAAGUUCAAAUAAAGAUUUAUAUUCCGUAUAUGGUCUACUACGA